UAAAAAGUACACAAGGUGAAAAGAAUGACUCGAAAAUUGAGUCACAAACAGUGGAAAGCAGUUCUUAAAAAGGAGAAGAGAAAGGCGCAGAGGCAAGCUGCAGCACAGGAGGCAGAUAAGGGGAACUGUGAAGAUGACAAUGAUGAAACUGCAGAAAAGCACGAGGAACAGAGAAUAAAGUUUGAGGAAUUCAAAAGGGAAAGAGCACACCAGUUAUGGCUAGAGAGAGAGAGGCAAGCUCAGAAAGCAUGGGAGGCACGGAAAGAAUGGGAGGCCAAAGAAAAAGAACGAAAAAUUGAGCAAGAGAAGCAGAUCCGAAUUGAAUGGGAGCAGCAGCAGGAAAAGGAAAAGAAAGAGCAGGAAGAAAAAGAAAGACUGGAGAAGGAACAGAAAGAAAAGAAAGACCAACAGGAUGCCUUACUCAAGGAAGCAACAUCAAAGGAGAACAAGGAUAGUGACGCAUGGCACAACCCACUGGCCCCAGUUCAAUAUGGCGAAGAGAGGCAGAGGCAGAUUUGUCCAUUUUUCCAGAAAACUGGAGCCUGUAGAUUUGGUGAGAGGUGUUCUAGGGGUCACCCUUACCCUGACAGUAGUAACACAAUCCUAAUACCAGGGAUGUACUCACACUUUAGCCUACAGGAGGGACUGAUGGAGGAAUACGAUUCAGACAUCACUCUAGAGUAUGAAGAUUCUGAACAUUACCAACAUUACUGCGAGUUUUAUGAAGAUGUUAUACCAGAGUUUAAGAAAGUUGGGCAUAUAAUCCAGUUUAAAGUUUGCUGCAACUAUGAGCCCCAUCUACGAGGCAAUCUCUAUGUACAAUAUAGGGAUGAGAUGGAAGCACAGAGUGCAUUUCUGCUGUUCAAUGGAAGAUGGUUUGGAGGGAAAAGAUUGCAGUGUGAAUACACCGAUAUACAGAAAUGGAGAAAUGCAAUAUGUGGGAUGUUUGCAUCAAAGCGUUGUCCUAAAGGGAAAACUUGUAAUUUUCUCCAUGUUUUCCGCAAUCCUGGUAAUGAAUUCAAUCACUUAGACCCGAACCCUGAACGCCAAAUGGACAGUUCAAGGUCGUUUCGACACAGGUCAAGGUCACCUAGCUAUAGGCAUAGAUCAAGAUCACCAAAAAAUAACAGACAUUCACGGUCUACAAGACAUCGGAAUAGAUCAAGGUCACCAAGGAAACGACAUAGGUCAAGGUCACCUAGCUAUAGACAUAGGUCAAGGUCACCUAGUUAUCGACAAAGGUCACCUAGCUAUAGACACCGGUCAAGGUCACCUAGCUAUAGGCAUCGAUCAAGGUCACCUAGAAAACGUAGUAGGUCAAGAUCUCCUAGAGUACGAAAUAGGUCAUCUAGAAGAUCAAGGUCACCAAGCUCUAGAAAGAGAUCAAAAUCACCUAAGAAAAGAAAAAGAUCUAGGUCACCCAGCCAGAGAAAUAGGUCAAGGUCACCCAGUCAUAGGAAAAGGUCAAUGUCACCAAACUCUAAAAAAAGGUCAAUGUCACCUGUAAACUCUAAUGGACAUACUAGAGCUCGUACUAAGAGAAGCUCGCCAUCUGUCUCAUCCAGUACAUCAGAACGUGCAGCAUCAAGAAAACAUUCUGAAUUGACUCAUAAUGACCCUACAGACUUCCCAAGGGGAGCAUUUAAAGGCAGAAUGUAUUCGGAUUAUAUUGAUUCUUACGAAGAUGAUCAGGAUUCAGAAUCAGACUCACAUGAGAAUUCAAAAAUGUCAAAAUCAGCCACGAGUAAAAGGUCAAGGUCAAGAUCUCAAUCACCUAAUAACUAUUCUAGGAAAAAUUAUAGAACCAAUCAGUUAAAAACAUAGUUUUAAAAAGGUGCAAACUGCUUGAAAAUGUUAAUAAUUGCCAAUGGAUUGAUCUCCCCCUUAAUGAUGUCUUCAUAACAGUAAAUUGUAUCUUAAUGUAACAUGAAAUUUUGUCUUAAUAUGAGAAAUUGUGUCUUAAUGUAACAUGAAAUUG